UCAACCGACUCAGCUGUUCUUUCCCGCAUUUGUAAACGAUUCUGAAGAAGAGUGAAGUGACCGUUGGAAAUUUAUUUUAGCCGUUAGGAAUUAGGUCUUUUGGGCGGAGGAGGACGCGAGUUAAACUCAUUUUUAAUAAGCAAGAUGGCUACAAUUAGAAUACAUGAAGAUCAGGAAAAUCGCGUACCUGAAAUCCGCCAAAAACAAGCCACCAUGGCGGUCCAACAAAAACGGCCGGUAUUAGGACUCAUUGAAAAUGAUAAACAGCGGACAAACAUACUAAACAAAGGAAAACAGCCACUGGGUUUAGCUAAUUUGAAAGUUGGUGUAAAGAAAAUAAACGAAAAUGAAGACUGCCUUAAAGAAAACCGUAAAAACUUGGUCAAUCCAAUCGUCCCAGUUGCACAAUUUCAGGCAUUUAAAGUUUACGAAGAUAAAUCUUACGAUGAGCGAAUGGUUCAUAUUGAGGAAAAACUUAGACAGAAACUUAAGCCAAGUAAUUCAAUUAUACAAGUGUACAAAGGAACUUCAGAAGAUAAAAGGUUUUAUACAAAAACAGAAGUCGCAGAAAUGGAAAAGAAAAAAAUUGAGGAAGAUGCAGCCAAAGGUAUUUUCCAUACAAAACCAUCCGUUACAGAUAGUCCCCAGGUAAUGAGCAUCGAAAAGUCAUUUGAUGAUUCUCUUAAUCUCAUGGAAAAUGUGUUGAAACCCUCCAAAAGCAAUAAAGAUCUCUUUUUCGAAAUGGAGGAAUAUCGAGAUGAUAUUUAUAGAUAUCUGCUUGAGCAUGAGCUACGCCAUCGUCCAAAACCAGGUUAUAUGAAGAAGCAGCCUGAUGUUACCUCAAACAUGAGGACCAUUUUGGUUGACUGGCUCGUGGAAGUCGCUGAAGAGUAUAAUCUGCAUACUGAAACUCUCUACCUAUCUGUCAAUUUCAUUGACCGCUUUCUUAGCUACAUGUCUGUGGUGAGGGGAAAGUUGCAAUUGGUCGGAACUGCUGCAAUGUUUUUAGCAUCAAAAUAUGAAGAAAUAUAUCCACCAGAUAUUUCAGAAUUCGUAUAUAUCACUGACGAUACUUAUAGCAAGCGACAAGUUAUCCGCAUGGAACACUUGAUUCUGAAAGUUUUAGGGUUUGAUCUUUCUAUUCCUACGCCUCUAACAUUCAUUACUGCCAUGUGUGUAAUGAACAAUCUGAGCCAAAAGACAAUGUAUCUCGCAAUGUAUCUCGGUGAAUUAGCUCUUCUCAAUGGAGAUGUCUACUUGGAAUUCUUGCCAUCUACAAUUGCCGCCUCGGCUAUAGCCAUCGCUAGGCACACUUUAGGCGAAGUAAGCUGGAAUGACCAAUUGGCCAAAUGUACAGGUUACGAAUUAAAACAACUCAAAGGAGCUGUGGAGUUUUUGACACAUAUGUUCACUAUUGCUCCUACAUAUCCUCAGCACGCGAUACAAGACAAAUAUAAGCACCAGAAGUACAUGCACGUAUCACAACUAACCCCGAAAGAGUCUCCGAUUGGUUUUAAUUAAAUUAUACAUUUGUUUUUAAGACUGGAACAUGGUACGCUUUUUAUGUGCCUUGAGUAAUUUUGAAUUUCUAUUUUUAUAGUAUAUUGGACAUGUAAACAUGUAUUUUAACAUUUUUUUCUUUAUUUAUUAACAUAAAUAAACAUUUUUAUUUUAAA